AGCGCCACCAUAUACCUUUCUUCAAGCAAGCAGCAAUGUCCCAACCCAGCAACACAAUAUUACUUCCCUGCGAAACGACGGUCCACCUACUCCUCGAAAUAUUCGAAGCUUGCAAAAUAAUCGAGAAUAUCGAGCGUCAGCUAGUACAACUCGCCACGACCUCUGAACUUGCCAUGACCCUGGAAUUGGCCCAAAACGCAAUAUCACAGUGCAAGGACUAUCGACUGAAGGAAUCUCUUCUUCGUAAACUAGCGGCAGAAAUCGUGGACAUCAAGGUUGCAGUGCGUAAUAGGUCUGGUGAAGACUGUGAUGUGUACAGGAUUCUGGUCCUGCAAGAAAGGAUUGUCGCUUAUCGGUGAUCAUUCUCCUCGCUGUAUUGCCUUGAUGCAUCAACUUUUUCAUUGAACUAGGCUCAGGAACAUGAAGAUCAUUCGCCUGCUCUUGUUCAGAUAUUUCUGGCUCGUGAUGCUCUCUCCGUAUCUCCUGUGGUUUCUGUCUUGGGUCAAAUAUCUAGCUUGACUGUCGGUACGUUUUCAGUGAAAUAUCGCAGAUGCUCGUCGUUUGACCAUAAUUACAGUGUUUUCGUGGCUGUAUUACACCAUUCUCUGUAUACCUCUUCUGAGAGGAUCUCAUAUCUGCUGUUGUCAAUGUAAAUUUGGAAAAUAUUCUGUACAUGA